AUUUUCUGCGGAGAAAAGUCGCGUGUUUCCUUGUCAAAAUCAAUUUGUUUUAGUUGCUGUGAACGUUUCCGUUUAGCCUGAUAAUGUCCGGGAUCCCUCCAGACACAUGGCAGCCACCCACUGUAGCUUUGGACACGACGAUGGGGACAAUAGUGUUGGAGCUCUACUGGAAUCAUGCACCGACAACCUGCAAGAACUUCGCAGAGCUCGCCAGAAGAGGUUACUACAAUGAUACCAAGUUUCACAGGAUAAUCAAAGAUUUCAUGGUGCAAGGUGGAGAUCCUACGGGAACAGGUAGAGGUGGCGCAUCCAUAUAUGGCAAACAGUUUGAAGAUGAGCUGCACCCAGAGCUGAAAUUCACAGGAGCUGGAAUUCUGGCGAUGGCCAAUGCAGGACCAGACACCAACGGAAGUCAAUUCUUCCUCACUCUUGGACCCACUCAGUGGUUAGAUGGAAAGCACACUAUUUUUGGAAGAGUGUACCAGGGGAUGGGAGUGCUGAACCGUGUUGGGAUGGUGGAGACAAACAGUCAAGAUCGCCCCGCUGAUGAUGUCAAAAUUCUCAGAGCCAAUGUACCUAAUUAAAUGUUGUUGUUUUUUUAAAUUGCAUAUAUACUUUUUUUAAUCUAAUAAAACAAAUGUCAAGUA